AUGGACUAUUCUGUCCUGCGGCAGAAAGACCGCUAUCAGCUCAGUUACGACCUCUCACAUAAGGCAUAUACCUCCUAUGUGUAUCCUCGUCAGUCUUCCAAUGGAUCUACUGUCAUAGUUUAUGGCCAUGAGCGAGGAUUGCGUAUAAUCUGGUAUGCCGGAAAGAACUUGAAAUCUCCCCAAAAAGUCUCCCCACCAAAGACAAAUGGUUCCGCAAAGACUGAUCCUAUGGUCAUUGACUUGUCCUCCGACGAUGGAGAAGAUCAAUCCGCAUCUGUUUCACCUCCGGAAUUUGAAGACGAGGAGGAAGAGAUCGAUCCCGCAAAGCCUUACCGUGGUAUCAUACGUCAGAUUGAUAUUCCCUUGGGGACCGCAGCCUUACGAAUUGCAAUCCCACACAUCCCCAAAGACAUUGCUCAAGCUCCUCCGGACUCUUGGCCACCUGUAUUUCUGGACCAUAUCCUGGUUGCAGCCGCAUGUGCAGAUUCUUCCUUGCAAAUCAUCAUUGCUCCACUCCUCCCUCCUAGUCUAGAAGUUCAGGAUUUCACCAAACUCGGCAUUCAGACUUUGAAAAUUGUUGGUCCUAAUUCCCACCAAGAGUUCAUCUCCGACAUAGCCGUCACCCACACGCUUGAUGUUGAAAGGGAUGAUUCGGAAAAUGAUACACAAGCCAGGUCCAGACCUCAGACUCGUUCACAACCAAAUCAAAACUCAACCGACACCAAUGCGCAAAAAUGGUCAUUGCUAAUAGCAUCAAUCUCGUCUACAGGGUCAGGUUUACUCUUGGUUCAUCAGAUCCCUCUGAUAGGACAAGCAUCCCUGUCCCCAAAGCCCGAACACCUACUCCCAUUGAGGAGGCAAUUCUUACGUUCUUCGGCUCUUGGUGCCACCAUGUCCUUCAAUCCUUCUCCUUACCCUAAUGAUCGACAUUCCACUCUACUCUUCACUCUCCCCGCAACCUCUACAGUCAAACUUUACCAAGUCUUUCCGACCCAUACAAGAGAACGUCGUGGCUCAACAGCAACCUCAGAUUCUGCUUCUACUCGCGCUUCUUUGCGGACUUCUGGUCCCGACAAAGGCAGGAUUCUCGCAACAUUUCUUCCUCCUUUCCUUCACAACAACAGUGCAAUCCUACCUCGAAGGAAGAAGUGCCUGGAUGCUCAAUGGAUCGCUAGUGGCCGUGCUGUGUUAGCACUCCUCGAGGAUGGUGAGUGGGGUAUUUGGGAUGUUGAAGCUAUUGGACCCAACUCCUCUGGCACGCGGAGCAAUCUUAUCCAGGGCCAAUCCAACAUUUCGGGUCUUCAAGGAGGUUCUAUCACGAAAUUUGCCAUUCGAUCCACUAUUUUCCCGUCAGAAGGAAAACAAGCAAUUUCUUCAGAUGGUCAGGCCCAGCCAACUUCAGGCUCCCUGGCCCUGAUGACACCAUCAACACGAAAGAUUCGUUCUGAGGGUUUGUUCCAUGGUGCUUCGCAUCAGGAUGCGGACCAGACGACCUCUCAGAGUCCUCAUGGAAGUAUAUGUGUAGACGAACAGCCGACCAAGAAUGGCAGGCCACUUGACGAAUCCAUCAUCAUCAAUUACGCUCGUGAACACAUUUAUAUUCCAUCGGUGUCAGCGUUCUGGAAGUCAGAUGUUAAGCCUAUUCGCUUACCCGCCGUCAAAUUGGGUGGACAGCAGCCGCGCAGAGUUGGGCUCCUUCACGAUAUGGACGCGAAGGCCCAAGCAGGGGGUGCAAUCUUCAGCUCUACCUCGUCAUCCGUCCCAAAUUUUGUGGUGCAGACCUCUCAUCGUCUGAUUUUAUCCGUCCAUGGUCUCUCAGAUACCACAGAACAGCCUUCAACAUCCUUGAAAUCUGGCGACGCCCUUCCACUUUCUUUCACAAAAUCCACCUCUGACCAGGUGUUACUCAACUCUGGAGAUCUAGAUAUCGAUGGCAUGGAUCGAAUCAUUACCAAUAUGGGUACCGCUGGUCGAAGAUCCAAACCACUGAACCUUUCAGCCAACAACACGUUCAUCAAUCGAGAAGCCUGGACUCAGGAAGAACCUGAUGAGGACGUCGAUAUGAUGGCAAACUCGCCAACGCCAUUACAUCAUUCAUCCCGUGGAUUUCCCACUCACACCGAAGGAUUUUCGCCGCAAAAACGUCGAUCAUCCAGAGAAAGAAAUCGAUUAUCCCAUAACCGUGUGCGGCCAACUACAGAGCGACGCGUCUUUACUUGA